AUGGAUUUCGACGAGGCGCCCCCGUCGUCACCACCGCUCGCGUGCACCACCAUGGACCUCCCGCCCAACCCCUUCUUUGAGCGCAAAUAUACUGCCUUCACCACCAAGUCGAGCUCGCCGCCCCCCGUCUUUUCCAGUGAUGACUCUCGCGAAUCCGUCGAUGUGACCAACUACGAAUCCCCUCGUAUCCACAAGAACAAACGCAAGGGCGCGUGGUGGGACAGUCGCGAGUCUGCCCACACGACCCCAGAGGUGAAGAAGACGAAAUUCGAGCGCAAUUUCGACUCUGGCAUCUACAUGCUCAGCGAUGCCACCAACAGCUCCGAGGAACUCCCUCCGCCCCAGUACAUAUCGCCUUACAACAUGAGGAGCAAGAUGCCGCUCAAGCGCGCCCCCAACCCAAAUGCCUCUGAUGAUGAAGACAUGAACAUGGGCAGCACCAGUGCUCCAACAGCAGAGCAAGCUUUCAUCCAGCAGAUGGACCAUGGCAUUGCGCGGAACCAGGAAUCCUAUGACUUUGAUGGCCAGGGCCUCGAGGACAGCGACAUUAGGCACAUCGGCAACCUCAAAACCGUCAUCAGCGACCCGCCCGUCCACGACACUGAGCUUCCCACGGCGGGGCAGUACCGAUCUCUCCUCCCCAAACUCCAGAUUCACCUCAGUAAGAAUAAGCUCUGUCGACUGGUUCCAUCUCUGUUCGACCUUGCAGAUCUCACUGGUCUCUACCUGCGCCAGAAUGAGAUUGAAGAGCUUCCGCAACAAAUCAGCCGUUUAACCAAACUCGAAACCUUGGACGUGUCUCUCAACAAGCUAAAGUACCUCCCCUUUGACGUCAUCUCCCUUCUCUCUCCACAUGGGAACAUGACCCGCCUCACUCUCAUGGGAAAAGAUCUACUUCAGCCCAUGUCUUCUCAUAGAUUCUCAGUCGCCGACUACCAGAAGCAAGAGCAAGCGCCUCUUCACCACACCGAUUCGCUGCCACUCGAUGAGGUGCGGGAAGACGCAAGCAGUCAACUUGCGCACUUGUACCAAACUCUGGCGACUUGCAAAGACCGUGAUCAAGCAGUCUGGCGGAUCCGCUAUUUCGAGUCCUGGACAAACUCAUUCGGUGGCGGAGAUAAUACCCAGGAAUGCAAUGUUGAACAAGACGUUGGUUUCUAUCCGCACCAUCCCUCUUUGCCCUUGGAUGCUAUGAACGAUAGCCAAGUGCUAGCCCACGCACCACGGUAUAUUGCCAGGACACUAGUAUCGUACUAUGACCAGGGCGGCAACGUCCUCAAAGGAUCUCCACGGCUUCCUUGUUCCAAAGAAGAGGAAUAUCCCGUCAUUGUCGAAACCAACCAAGGUACAUACGGCGUUCCUUCUUCACCUUGGUUCACCCCUCCGUCUACAAGCAAAAUGUCCUCCCUCCUCACAGCUAGCUUAUACAGGGGGCUCAAAUCUACGAACAUCGGUACCAUCCGUGCGUUCCUCGAUUCAGAUUUCCUCCCCGUCGUGGAAGCCAUCCUCUCGCAAGCAGAGGAGAAUGCCGCUGACGGGUAUGGUAUGUUCCGCAGGUGCCAUACCUGUCACAAGGAGUACAUUGUGGCACGUGCCGAGUGGAUUGAGUUUUGGAGUCGGGGAGGCGAAUUCGUUCCAUUGAAAGCCAGCGUGUGCUCCUGGGGCUGUGUACCUAUAAGCAUGGUGCAGAGGCCGCAGAAAGAGUUGGCAUGGUGA